GUGCCUCUCUGCCUCAGUUCAGUUUGAGUAAAAGUCAUUGCAGUGCACAUCCGCCCGCGUAAGUGCAGAGAUGUUUGCUGAAGGACAAAGCUGAGAGCCUGUUAACUGAGUGUUGGCGUGAGAGGAAACUGUUUCUAAACGUUGGUCUCAAAAUGGACGCCCUGCUCAUCACAGAGGAUAAAGACUGAAGAGACCUUCUUCAUCUCUAUCUUAUUGAGAAGAUGAUGGAGAAUAUUGAGGACUAUGAAGAAUCUGAACCUUACCUGGAGGCCAAGCAGUACAUGGACAGGUUAAAUCAGGAAAAUGAAGAACUCUUGAAGAAAGACACCAGUCAGAGAGACAAUGAUCCAACAGAUCUGGCAGAACAUGCGUUGUCUUUGACUGUGUUCCCCGUCACUGUGCCCUGUGCUUCAUUAUCUUAUGCUACUGUGCAGUGGGAUAUCCCAGAGACCCCAGCAGAACCUCCGUCUUCUGAAUGUGACACUGCAUCUGGGAAUAAAGUGGACUUCAGUGUUGGAUCCCAGUUCGACUGGACAUUUUCGCUAUCUUCCACAGAACUUAGUUAUAUUCCAAAUCAGGAAGGCAUUGUUGAUUUCGUACUUGAAACUGAACAACCAAAUGAAAUGGUCUCUUCCCAGGAAUUAGAUACAAAAGCACACAUGGGAUCUUCAAUUGAAGAUUGCAGUGGAUGUUUGACUUCAAAUAAGAAGAAACCACACGUCUUAGUUCCUCCCAAACAGACUUCCCAAAGCUCAUAUCCAGGUGUAGAGGGACCAGAGAUUGAGAAGCAAACAGAGGAAUGGACUGAAAAAAGCAUUGCUGAAACCAAUGGCAAAUCAUUGAAUGCAGGGAGCCUUCAGGAGAAAAUAACUUUCAUGGUUCAGAUUAAAGGACCUGAUGAACCUCUGGAACAGAAGGAGACAGAUCUCCACUCCGAGCGCCACACGUCUAAUCAAUUACAAAAAUGUAUUAUUACAGAUCAACUGUCAGAACAUUCUUCUGAACUAGAGCCUAAGAUUAAUACAGAACCUGCAAAAACACCUGUUACAAUGAUAGAAAAUAAUUUGAACGAAACUUUGAUACAUUCAGAGGAUUCAGGAGACCUCUCCGAUCAGCUAAAUAAACAAGACCAGCCAACAUGUACAGAAAACCCUGUAGAACAAGUAAGUUCAGUAGAGAAACAAUUUUCAGAUGAAAUGAAAGAAACUGAAAAAAGGCCAACUCAACCGGAAAAACCUUCUGAACCACCAGAGGCUGAACUGGCAAGGAGAACAUCUGAAAUACACCCAUCAAAACAGACAGAACAGUUCAUGAGUUCGUAUGAGAAACAAUUCUCAGUACAGCUCAUGUGUCCGGACGAGAAACAAUCCUCAGAACAGUUCAUGUGUCCGGACAAGGAACAAUCCUCAGAACUGUUAAUGUGUCCAGACGAGAAACAAUCCUCAGAACAGUUCAUGUGUCCAGACGAGAAGCAAUCCUCAGAACAGUUCAUGUGUCCGGACGAGGAACAAUCCUCAGAACUGUUAAUGUGUCCAGAUGAGAAACAAUCCUCAGAACAAUUCAUGUGUCCGGUCGAGGAACAAUCCUCAGAACUGUUAAUGUGUCUGAACGAGAAAGAAUCCUCAGAACAGUUCAUGAGUCUGGACAAGAAACAAUUCUCAGAACAGUUCAUGUGUCCGGAGGAGAAAGAAUCCUCAGAACAGUUCAUGUGUCUGAACAAGAAAGAAUCCUCAGAACAGUUCAUGUGUCUGAACAAGAAAGAAUCCUCAGAACAGUUCAUGUGUCUGGACAAGAAAGAAUUCUCAGAACAGUUCAUGUGUCUGGACAAGAAAGAAUCCUCAGAACAGUUCAUGUGUCUGGACAAGAAAGAAUUCUCAGAACAGUUCAUGUGUCUGGACAAGAAAGAAACCUCAGAACAGUUCAUGAGUCCGGAGGAGAAACAAUCCUCAGAACAGUUCAUGAGUCUGGAGGAGAAACAAUCCUCAGAACAGUUCAUGAGUCUGGACGAGAAAGAAUGUUUAGAUAAGGAGAAGCCCGAGGCAUUACAGAUGAAAUCAUUAGACCCAACAGAAGAACCACUGUGUUCAGGUGAAACAGGAUAUUUGGAUGACCAGAAACAACACGGUGUGGUAACAGAUGAGGAGGUAAAUCAUGUCCCGAAUGAUGUUAUGAGGGAGGGGUGUGUGCAGGAGACUGUUCUGGACACUGUCUGUCACCAUAUAGAUGGUAGCGUUAAGGUGCUGGAUCGGGCCGAGGCUCAGCGAUUGGCUGAGAGGCUCUACAGAUUGGAUGGUUUUAAGCGUACAGAUGUGGUCAGACAUCUGGACAAAGACAAUGACUUUAGUCAUGCUGUUGGGGAAGAGUACCUGAAAUAUUUUGACUUCACCAAUCAAAGUCUGGAGCAAGCUCUGCGGUCAUUUCUGAAGGUAGUGGUUUUGAUCGGUGAAACUCAGGAGCGAGAACGAGUCUUGCAGCAUCUUUCCUGCCGGUUCCAGCAGUGCAAUCCUGACACCUUCUCUUCGUCUGGAGCCGUUCUUACGCUCACAUGUGCCGUAAUGCUGCUCAACACAGACCUGCAUGGACAAAAUGUUGGCAAGCCCAUGACACUGGCUGAAUUUGUAUCAAACCUGGAAGGAAUGAACAGUGGAGAGAAUUUCAGCAAGGAUAGUCUGAAGAGUCUGUACAACUCCAUCAAAAGUGAUCCGCUGCGUUGGGCCAUAGAGGAAGAUGUUCUGGCCAAGUCCAUGACGCUUGAGCAAGAUUUAGAGCAGGAUGGAUCUCUGCGUUCAAAGAGUAACCCAUUCCAAGAUCUUCCUCACAACAAGAGAGCCACUGUGUUCCAGAAAGGAUUUUUGAAACGCAAAGCACACGCGGACGUCGAUGGCAAACGCACUCCCUGGGGGAAGCGAAGCUGGAAGACUUUUUAUGCCGUGCUGAAAGGAAUGGUGCUGUACCUACAGAAGGAUGAGUAUCAGAUGGACUGGCAGAGCUCAGAGGAGGUGGUCAGUGUUCAUCACGCCCUAGCCGAGCGAGCACUGAAUUACACCAAAAAACCUCAUGUGUUUCGUCUUCAGACGGCUGACUGGAGGGUUUUUCUCUUCGAGGCGACUUCCACAGAGCAGAUGAACUCCUGGAUCGGGCGGAUUAAUCUGGUGUCUGCCCUUUAUUCCUCUCCUCCGUUUCCGGCUGCUGUGGGCUCUCAGAAGAGGUUCUGUCGGCCCAUCUUGCCGGCCUCACAGUCCAACCUCACGCUGGAGGAGCAGCUAGAGUCACACACGGCCAUGUUAGAGAACUUCCAGCGGGACCUGAGCGCCAUCCAGCAGGAGGCGCCAGACGGCCGAAAGAAUAAAGCCAGAGAAUCGGAGGAGCUCAGACAGAGAGAGGAGUAUUUACAGUACGAGCUGUCUCGUUAUGAAGUCUAUGUGAAAAUACUAGAGGCCUGGAAGAGCGUAGAAAAGUCUCAGUCGACAGUUGAAGACAAACUGAACAUGUUUGAUGAGGGAUUGUGGAGAGGAGAGAUGAAUGGAGAGGAGGAUGAGACCGAGGGGGUGAUGAAGAGAUCUGUGUCCAGCCCGUCACUGGAGUUAGAAGCACCUGCUCAGCCUGUAGUGAAGGUCAGGCGAAACAUCUCAGAGAGACGCACCUAUCGAAAGAUCGUCAUUCCACGUCGUAACAAAGAGAUUUGAGGGAAAGAAAGUCUCAAAUAACAAAGAAAACUGUUAUAAUGUGACUGAAGCACAUUUCAUAGUUUUAUUCAAAGUAUGUUCACUGCAAGUUAUAAAAUAAUGACAAUUCUAGUUGGUAAUGCAUUCUAUACUGAAUGUGUAUAUGUUUUUGCACAAACCUCUUCAUUUUCAUAGUUCAUAAUGACCACAGGCAGGUUAGUAGUCACUCUUUAUACAUUAAUGAGGGUUUAGUUUGUGUUUCAUCAACAGAAGCCAGCCAACUGAGACUGUAAACAGUGUUAUUAUCAUUAUUAUUAUUAUUGCUGGGAUAAGUGAAGGGUUUUGGACUGUGAAUGCAUCACUUUAGUCAAAAUCUAUCUGUUACAUUCCUCUUAUACUCAUUUAGAAAUGUUAUAUUUUGCUGAUAAAGAGACAUUACUGAAUGGCUCUUGUGUGAACGUCUCAUGUAAGCAGCCCCUUCUGAAGCCAUUAACAUGUAGUUUGAUGGAUUGGGCCCUCGGGCUCGGCUGGUCCUCAGGAUGGGUCUGCUUGAUAAAGAAAUCAGAUAAAUGCUGUUGAUAUGUAAACAGAUUGAGAGGAAACAAUCAAAGUUUCAGUGAGUCAGAAAAUGACUGAAAGCCAUACCCCCCCCACCCCCCGGGACACAGCAGUUUAAGUACAACUGAUCUCCAGUUUUAAGCAUAUUAAUGUUAUUCUUGAACAAUGGUAUUGUUAUUAGCCAUCUAAAAACAUAGAACUUUAUAGCAUCUGUUCAUGUACAUGUAUAUUAUAUAGUCGGUCUAAUAAUUUUGGCUUUAAAAACUUUCAAAAAUGUCACUUGCAAUCUAGUAUAAUGUAAUGAAUGUAAUUUGGGAUUUAUGUUUCUGCAACACAUUUUGAGGUGGUUUCCCCGACGGAGCUUAAGCCUAGCUGAAAUGUUAGAGGUGUCUUGAUCGAAAACAACUUGCGCUUACAUAUCUGAAAAUAUGAAUGAAUGAGGCGCUUUAUUGUGUAUUGCAUGUUUUAUAAAGUAUGUUUUUAAAAAUACCUUAAAUAGUCUAAUUUAACUAAGGCCUUGCCCUGUCUUAAACUAAUCCCCUUUAUCCAGAAAAUGCUGUUGGAGAAAGAAGCUUUUGGCUUCAAUAACUUGAGGCACUGGUUUGAGACCUUUGAAUAAGUUUGAAGCAUUUGCAUGACGGUUGCAUGUUUGAGUUUGGCUGUCUGUGCAGCGUCGGGUGAGGUCAUGACCAAACCACAGUGCAGCAUCUGUGGAGCGUGACGUCUGUGGAACGAGCUUUAGUCACCCUGUUUUUCAAGUGUUUGUUUCUGCACGUCCGCCUGGCAGAAGAGUUUUGUGGCUGGUUGAGUAACUAAAAAGCCAAGCAGUAAGAUUUCUUCAUAGCAGUUCUUUAACAUUCCUGUGACACCAUCACUUCUGUUUCUUAGUUCCUCUGGAUUCCUCUUCACUGCUCCUGUCAUUUUAUAUAUAUAUAUAUAGCCUACUGUGUAUAUAUACAGUAUAUUGCCUCUGCGAAGUGCAUUAAAAUCCUUUAAUGCGUGGUUAGCCGUGGAUCAUCCCGCUUAUACCAUGGUCAUUUGCCAAGUUCAAAACAAGUUAAAGCUUUGAUUGAUGCUUACAGUGUAAUUUUUGAUCAUACAGGUGAAAAUGACAUUUAUUUUUGUCAGUUAAUUUUAAAUGUUGAUUAAACUGACUGGAACCACCUGUGCAUUAAAUGGUUUUAAUGCACACCUUCCAGCCAAUCAGAAUUGAAUAUUCAAACAGACCAUGGUCUAUAUAUAUAGAGAGAGAGAGAGAGAAUAUGAUAUAUUUUUAAAUAUUAUUAUUGAAUUAUAUAUAUUUAUGCUUUUAUUAUCAUAUCUCUGUCAUCUGGUCUUGUCUUGUUUCUUAUUGGUCUGAGGUUUUGAGGUGAGAAACAAAAGUUAAUAUAUAUUAAAGGUGCGAAACAAAAGUUACCGAGAAUGUUGGUCUUCACCCUUUUUGGCUGGACUCAAAUAAAGAAUGCAGUACUUUACAUCAGCUUUACGUGACAGGCUCUUUCUUGCAUGGGCUUACCUUACUUUUUUCUUUGCUGAUCUUGGUCAAAUGUGACCCUGGACAACAAAACCAGUCUUAUGGGUCAAUGUUUCGAAAUUAGGAUUUUUAAAUCAUCUGAAAGCAGAAUAAUUGAGCUUUCUAUUGAUGAAUGGUUUGUUAGAAUAGGACAAUAUCUGACAGAGAUACAACCGUUUAAAACUCUGGAAUCUGAGGUUGCAAAUAAAUCUAAAUAUUGAGAAAAUUGCCUUUGAAGUUGUUCAUAAGGGGCACUGUAGCAGGCCAUCCACUCACAAAAAUGAAGUUUUUAUAUAUUAACGGUAUGAAAUUUACAAAAUAUCUUCAUGGAACAUGAUCUUCACUUAAUAUCCUAAUGAUUUUUGGCAUAGAAGAAAAAUCGAUAAUUUUGACCUAUUUUGGGGUUUUACUAAAAAUGUUCCCGUGCUACUUAAGACUGGUUUUGUGAUCCAGGGUCACAAAUGUUCUCCUUAAUGGUGGCGUCACUACAAUGCUCUGUCAGUAAGUGUUUGUUGAGCUGGUUCGUGUCUCUGAGUGUCCGUCUCAUUCUGUGACCUGAAUUUGCUCUCAGCGUUGGGUUAGGACACACUCAACAUUGCCUGAAGAGAAAUUCAAUAUCAUGCUGCAUUCUUGACUCUGGCAAAGUAAAACAGUCGUAAGAUUUUAAGCCCAUUUCAGUCCGAAACUACACAGCCAAGUAACAUUAAGGCUGAAACUUUUAACAUUUAAAUGAGUGUUUUACAAAUGUGCCAUUAUUCAGUGCUCCCAAGUCCUACAGCUUUGUACUAACAUUUAUUUAUGGUUUCUAACAUCACCAGUAAAUAUUCUUAUUUUUUGAGCAAUGAAACCUUAUAGACAUUUUCUGUACAAAUCACUCUGUAUGUUUCAUCAUAACAUUCUGUUAAUACACACACUGGUAACCUUUUUCAUGGAA